AUGAAGAUAAAGGACGCAGUGUCCUACGUCCUCACGAUAGAGGGGAGGCCGUACACCCUUCACCUGCAGCAGCAUGUGUUUUUAUCUGAUGAUUUCAGGAUUUACGUGUCUAAUGAGAAGGGAUCUUUGCGCUCUGAUUCAACCCAUAUCAAGGGAGGCUGCUACUACCGGGGGUACAUCGAUGGCUUUCCCAGCUCGGCAGUGACCCUCAGCACCUGCUCGGGGCUCAGGGAUGCCCCUGCAGCCUCACUCGAAGGCGGUUGGGGCACCUUCACGGCACGGAAGGGGCUCCUUGUCCUCUGUCGUGAUCCACUACCAGCUGCAGCACGAUCUCCCAAAUACUUUAAAGUGUACGUAGUUUUGGACAAGGCUUUGUACAACUAUAUGGGUUCAGACACGAAUGCUGCAACGCAGAAGAUAAUCCAGGUCUUCAAUUUGGUCAACAAUAUGUUUAAUCCUGUUAAUGUUACCAUUGUGCUGUCCUCCCUGGAGCUGUGGACAGAGGAGAAUAAAAUAUCGACGGCAGGGGAAGCAGAUGACCUUCUACAGCGAUUUUUACAGUGGAAACAGUCAUAUCUCGCUCUGCGGUCGUAUGACGUAGCUUAUCUAUUAGUGUACAGGGACCGAGCAGGGUUCGUGGGUGCUACGGCUCCAGGAAAGGCAUGUCAGAGAUGCGCUGCUGGCGCAGUGGCCGUGGUACGACGUUUCAGUGGGGCAAAAGCCUUUAGCAGCUGCAGCAUCAGGGACUUCGAAACCUUCCUGAAGCACGAUGGAGGCGCGUGCCUUUUCAAUAGACCCCGCUUGACCGGACUGUCCUACCGGAGAAAGGCCGUCUGCGGCAACGGUGUCGUGGAGCCCGGCGAGCAGUGUGACUGCGGGUCAGCAGAGGCAUGCUUGAAGGAUAAAUGCUGUACUAAAAGAUGUCGGUUUAAGCCGGGAGUGAAAUGUUCCUCUGGAUUAUGUUGUAAGGCAUGUCAGGUAAGGCAUCCCCCCCCCCCCGCCGAUGCGCAGUGUGACCUGCCCGAGUUCUGCAACGGGUCCUCCGCGUCCUGCCCCUCCGACCUGUACGUACAGGACGGGCACGGCUGUGAGCACGGCACCGGCUACUGCUACAGGGGACGCUGCCAGUCUCCGGACCUGCAGUGCCAGCGGCUCUACGGGAGAGGUUCAAAAAAUGCUCCUGUGGCUUGUUACGAGGAACUCAAUAGUCAGCGGGACAGAUUUGGACACUGCGGGUUCCAGCCCAGACAAGGCUAUAAGUCCUGUGCUUGGAGGAAUCUCCGAUGUGGAAAGUUAAUCUGCACGUAUCCAUACAGCACUCCAUUCGCAUCAGACGCUGCCGCUGUUGUUUACGUCCAAGUGCGCGAGCAUUUAUGUGUAUCUUUGGAUUAUUUGAAUGCACCGGCAAGGCUGGAUCCUCUUCUGGUUCCGCCAGGUACAAAGUGUGGUUCUGGAAAGGUGUGUAUAAACAACACUUGUCACCCACAUUCGGUCCUGGGAUAUGACUGUGACAGCGAAGUGAAGUGCCACGGCCACGGCGUGUGCAAUAAUAAGAGGCAUUGCCACUGCCACCCCGGCUGGAAACCCCCCGACUGCCUGCGGAAGGGAUCCCGCUUGGGUGGAAGCGUCGACAGCGGCCUCCGGGUGACGGGCGGUGGCCUCUCCCUGCAGCGGGCGCUGGAGGACGCGACGCCGGCCUGGCAGGUGCUGGGCUCCUGCCUCCUCCUGCUCGUCCUCGCCGGGGCCAUCUGCCUCCUCCUCCUGCGGCAGGACGCAGUGUCCUACGUCCUCACGAUAGAGGGGAGGCCGUACACCCUUCACCUGCAGCAGCAUGUGUUUUUAUCUGAUGAUUUCAGGAUUUACGUGUCUAAUGAGAAGGGAUCUUUGCGCUCUGAUUCAACCCAUAUCAAGGGAGGCUGCUACUACCGGGGGUACAUCGAUGGCUUUCCCAGCUCGGCAGUGACCCUCAGCACCUGCUCGGGGCUCAGGGGCUUGCUGCAGUUUGAGAACGUCAGCUACGGGAUUGAGCCCCUGGGUUACUCUCCUGCGUUCGAGCACUUUGUGUAUCGAGUGAGUGACGAGAAGACGGCAGGUUCCCUCUUUGCCAACAGCCACCCCGAGAGAGGGCCAGGCGGGCUGACAGCAGAGGAGAUGUCGUACAAAGCACAUGGAGAUGAUGAAUCAGUGUCCAAAUACCAGAGAGAGAUGGCACUCCACAUAGUUUUGGAAAGGGCUUUGUACGACUACCUGGGUGCAGACGAAUAUGUUGUCACACAGAAGAUAGUUCAGGUCUCCAGCUUGCUCAGCAGCAUGUUCAGGUCUCUUAAUCUAACAGUUACACUGUCCUCCAUGGAGGUCUGGAUGGAUAACAGUACAUUUAAGACAACAGGGGAUGGAGAAGAAGUGCUGGUGCGGCUGUUGGAGUGGAAGCAGACAAGCCCCGCUCUGCAGCCCCAUGAAGUGCCGUAUCUGCUCCUGUACAGGGACCGAGCAGGGUUCGUGGGCGCAACGGCUCCAGGAAAGGCAUGUCAGAGAGACGCUGCUGGCGCAGUGGCCGUGUACCAAGGGGCCGUGACGCUGGAGUCCUUCUCUGUCCUCCUGGCGCAGCUGCUGGGACGCAGCCUGGGCAUCAGCUACGACGACUCCCCAGACUGCCGCUGCCCCGGGCGCAUCUGCCUCAUGAGCCCAGAGGCGCUACGUUUCAGUGGGGCAAAAGCCUUUAGCAGCUGCAGCAUCAGGGACUUCGAAACCUUUCUGAAGCAGAACAGGGACUGCCCUUUCAUCAGGCAUGCUCUGCGUCAGCCUUCCUACCGCGCAGCCAUCUGCGGCAACAGCAUCGUGGAGCCUGGCGAGCAGUGCGACUGCGGGGCACCAGAGGCCUGUGCAUUAGACAAAUGCUGUACUCCCCAGUGUAACUUCAAACCAGGAAUGAAGUGCUCCUUGGGAUUAUGCUGUGAAAAUUGCCAGUUCAAGCAGAAAACCUCACAGUGCCGCCCCCCCGCCGAUGCGCAGUGUGACCUGCCCGAGUUCUGCAACGGGUCCUCCGCGUCCUGCCCCUCCGACCUGUACGUACAGGACGGGCACGGCUGUGAGCACGGCACCGGCUACUGCUACAAGGGAUGCUGCCAGUCUCCGGACCUGCAGUGCCAGGCACUCUAUGGGAAAGGUGCAAAAAAUGCUCCUUUGGCCUGUUACGAAGAAGUCAACAGUCAGCAGGAUAGGUUUGGACACUGUGGCAACCACCCGAAGGAUGGCUAUCAGCCCUGUUCCUGGCCGAAUCUGGGAUGUGGAAAGUUAGUAUGUACAUACCCAAAUCGUAUUCCCUUCACAAAAGUCAAGGGUGCCAUAAUUUAUGCUCAAGUGCAAGAACAUCUGUGCGUGUCUUUCGAUUUUAUGCAUGGACCCACAGCUCUAGAUCCUCUCUUGGUGAAAGACGGAACAAAAUGUGGUCCUGGAAAGGUUUGUAUGAAUGGCACGUGCCACCCACAUUCAGUCCUGAAGUAUGACUGCAACGUGCAGAAAAAAUGCCACGGGCAUGGAGUGUGCAAUAACAAGAAGAACUGCCACUGUGAUCCGGGCUGGAACCCCCCCAAGUGCAAGACUCAAGGAUCUUCUGUAGGCGGCAGCAUUGACAGCACGCUGGGCCCUGAUCAUACCGCAAAAAGCUCUGCCCUGGCUGUGCUGAAUAACUGGCGGCUGCUGCUGAGCUUCGGCGUCGUCCUCCUCGCCCUGGUCUGUGGCACCAUCAUGAUGACAAAGUGGAGCCGGCUGAAAAGAUUCUGUCGCGCCCGGACCUACAUCAUCCCCAUCGAGGGGACCCCCCGCACCGUGCGCCUGCGGCAGCAAGUGUUUUUGCCGGAGGAUUUCCGGAUCUAUACCGACGGCCGAGGGGGGCUUGCGAAAUCCGAACUGGCACAUAUCAAGGUAAUAGUCACGACCCUGCAUGCUGUACCCAGCGUCUCUGAGAAUAGAGCAGCUGUGGAAGUGCUCCAGGAGGAACGUGUAGAGGAGAUUCCCCUCUGCCACAGUGCUCCGUAG